AUGCGUCUAACUCGAGCAGCUUCUAGUAAGAACAAACAUCAGAACAAACGGACCAAUGACACCAAUUGUGAAACGGACAUUACCUCGACUGGAGCCCCUCAAAAGCGUAAACAACACAAAGCAAACCCUGCACAACCACCUGCUGCCAAGGAGAACAAUACCACCCCCACUGACAGCAAUCAAAACCCUACCGGGCCGCGAGACUCUGAUUCCAAACCCCCGCCUGAAGAAUCCAUCGAAGAUUUGGCUAGCAUGGGCCAGAAAGAUGUUGUAUUGUUUGAAUCGACUGUCAAUAUCAAUAACUUUCUGAAGAUGGGAAGACCAUGGCCCGUCCAACGUAUUCAAGGUGUCAUUGAUGCCAGAGGGAAGUAUCAAGAAACCUCUCACAUUCCACCCGAGAUUCUUGCGGAGGCUAGACUAGCAAAACAGUGCUAUGAAAAGACAAAGUGGAUGUUGGCUGCAAUUGGCAAGGUGAAACAUGAUGUAUUAGAGAAGGAGCUUGGUGAGGGCAGUCCUCCACGGCCUCGUGAUAUUUAUCGAAGGUUCAUGGCCUACGGCGUAGAUUUGUUACGUCUUAAAAUGCCAAAUGGUCGGAAAGCCAAAAACAGCGGCAACGUCAUGGCACUCCAUAAUGCAGAAGCCGCAAAAUUUUGGGGUAAUUACAACGCUAAAGAAUACAACGAUUCUCCUGCAACCAUUCCUCUGCUUACAAACGAAGAAGAAGAGAUAUACCGACCUCUUUACGAGAAACUUGUCGAUCACGAGAAAGUCAUGCAAGAACAAGGCGUCCAACACUUGGAAAAGAAUUUGAACAAAAAGUCGUUGAAGUGUGUUCGUAAGGUUGGAAAGAUGCUGGCCCGUGAUGGUGCACAUUUAAAAUUCAAAUACAUAUUGAUGGCUUCAAGUGCUCAUCCUCCAAACUCUAAGACUGGCGCUGGAUGGACCAGAAGGUUCACAACUGUACCCAGUGUUACCAGGUGGGCUGAUUGUGAAAUUGGCUUAGGUCCUGUCUUCGCUACCAUAGCACAAGGACAGUCAAUGAUCAAAGCCAUAUCCGAAGCAAAUAAGAAAACCCAAAAGAAACAAACUAGCAGUCAGCCUCAGCCAAGUGAUGUGUUGAAGACCAAGCUGGCGAGUCUCUUGAACAAACGACUUGUUGAUACACUUGGCUAUAAUCCCACUCGAGGUAAACAAUUUCCCCUUACCGGUGACCCAGUGGCAGGCCUUCUUAAGCGUAAGAUACCGGUGCAAAUUAUACAAGAACCCGGCUCCAAACUCAGCUCUGAAGAUUUGAAAGUCGGUCACAAGGCAAUGCACAAGGUGCAUCGGCAGGAAUGUAUGGAUGAUUUAACUACAAAUCAUUUUAGAUUGGAACUUCUGGAAGGACAUGAAAAAGAAGACAACACGAGUAAACCAGAACAAAAGACUAAAAGUAUUAAAAUUUCAAAUGGAAAAGGGAAGCGUGGCAAAAAAGUGAAGUCACAGGAGUUUGUAGACGAGGAGGAGGAGGUGGUGGAUGAUGAGGAUGAGGAUGAGGAUGAGGAUGAGGAUGAGGAUGAGGAUGAAGAUGAGGAUGAUGUUGAGGAUGAGAAUGUUGAGGAUGAUGAUGGUCAAUAG